UCAUAGCUACACCUGAGCUCAAACCAGUUUUUGUUGUACUGCAGAGAAAGUGACACUGUUGGUGAAAUGGAGCCGACAGGAGUUCAAGUAGCCCAAGGGAAGCUAGUUUGUGCCAUCUGUUUGAAUCUACUGAAUGAUCCAGUGCCUAUUCCCUGUGAACACAGCUACUGUAGGACCUGCAUUCAAGACUUAUGGAAUAGAGAUCAGAGGGGGAUCUACAGCUGUCCUCGGUGCAAGAAAGAAUUCAUAUCGUCGCCUGUGGUGGAGAAAAGUGGCACAUUAACCCCUUUAGGGGAAGAUCUAAACAAUGCUGAACUCCAAGCUUCUCCAACUAACAGCUUUGCUGGACCUAAAGAAGAAUCAGCUGCUUUUGAGAAGCACAAGGUGGUUGGCCCCUCCAGGAAUCUCCAAGAGAACAACUGCUCUUGUCAACAUGAGAUGAAAAAGAUCUUUUGUCGUACUGAUCAGCAGUGUAUCUGUUAUCUCUGCCUUAUUGGUCAGCAUAAAGACCAUGAAACAGUCCCAAUCACGACAGAAAGGACUGAGAAGCAAAGGAAACUCAGGGAGAGUCAACAACAACUCAAACAGAGAAUCAAGGAACAAGACAAAGAAGUGAAGCUGCUUCAACAGGAGGUGGAGACCAUCAAUGUCUCUGCUGAUAGAGCAGUGGAGGACAAUGAGAAGAUAAUUUCUGGGAUAAUCCGUCUCCUCCGAAGAAGAAGAUAUGAUGUGACUCAGCAGAUCAGAUCCCAGCAGGAAACUGAAGUGAGUCGGAUCAAAGAGCAUCAGAAGAAGCUGGAGCAGGAGAUCACUGAGCUGAAGAGGAAAUAUGCUAAGCUGCAGCAAUUUUCAAACACAGAGGAUCACACCCAAUUUCUCCAGAACUACCCCUCACUGUCAGCACUCAGUGAGUCUACACACUCAUCCAGCAUCAAUAUUCGUCCUCAGAUAAACUUUGAGGAUGUGACAGCAGCUGUGUUAGAACUCAAAGACAUACUAGAGGACAUCCUGAGAGACACAUGGACAAACAUCUCCCUCAAACUCACUGAUGAGGAUGUUUUAAUGUCAAAACCUGAACCGAGGACAAGACCUGGAUUCCUAAAAUAUUCACAAGAAAUCACACUGGAUCCAAACACAGUUAACAGAUAUAUGUUAUUGUCUGAGGAAAACACAAAGGUAACAACAACUAAAGAACAACAGUCAUAUCCAAAUCAUCCAGACAGAUUCAUUAAUUACAAUCAGGUCCUCAAUAGAGAGAGUCUGACUGGACGUUGUUACUGGGAGGUGAAGUGGAGGGGAGGGGUUGUUGUAGCUGUUUCAUACAAGAAUAUCAGGAGAGAUGGAAAGUCAGAGAAAAGCUUAUUUUUAUACAAUGAUAAAUCCUGGUCAUUAUAUUGUUACAAAAACUGUUGUGCAUUUUAUCAAAACAAACUCCCUACUACAGUCCCAGGUCCAAUUUCGUCCACUCUAGGAGUGUACCUGGAUCACAGAGCAGGUAUUCUGUCUUUCUACAGCGUCUCUAAAACCAUGACUCUCCUCCGCAGAGUCCAGACCACAUUCACUCAGCCUCUACAUGCUGGGAUUUGGCUUUUUGAAGGUUCGUCUGCUGAGUUUGUUAAACUGAAAAAGCCUAUCUGAUGCCCAGAUGGUUACAAUCCAUGUUUUAGUUUAUUUAGUCUUCCUCUUUGCAGCUGAUAACUCAUAGCUGUUAUAUUCUUCACUGCUCAUAGAUCAGCUGCCUUUAUGGUGCUACUUUGUCAUCUGGUUGGUGGUUUUGUUAAUGUUGGUUAUUUUAUGGCUGCUGCCCCUUCCUGUUUCUGUUCAGCCAUGGAGCCACUCACUGCUCAGGACAGAUUGUAUAUACCUGAAGUUAUUACAAUGACACAUGUUUGUUUUAUCCUUCCAAAUGUUUUUAUUUAUAUUCUUCAAAUCUAUCUACAGUUGAGCUGAUGGAAAUUGUAAUUACCACGAUCGUCAUCAAUCAGGAUGUCAGCCAUUAUGUUGUUAGACAAACAUAAUGGCUGAUUCUGGAUCCAACUGAUUCUAGGAAUGAAUUAAAAUGAGCAGUACCUAGUUCACUAAUGUAUGAAAUGGAAGUCUUUCAAACACCCUCUUGGUAUGCAAGACCGCAUUAUGCAACCACUAUCAUCAUAGCUUGCAGAUAAACAAAAAGGAACUAUAAUGAUACUCUUCACCAUAGAUAACAAUACAUCAAUAUAAUUGUUGCUUUCAAAGUAAACCACAAAUUGUCUCUUGUCUCUUAUAGUGACAGUUAAUUAGUAAAGAAUGCUGAACAAUGGAGGAGCUUCACAGCCUGAAAUCUGCAGAUGCAUACAACCAUUAAUUAAACACCUGCAAAGUACAUCUAAAUUCUUCGUGUUAUCAACAAGGUUCAGAUUGCUGAGAGACUAAGUCAUUAACAUAGCAUACAUAUACUGUAAGUCUCCAUGUCCCUGUUACACAUAUAUGUAGUCAAAAGCUGACACUUAACAAAAGGAAUGGUAUAUUUGCAAACCCUUAUUUUUUAUUACUAACAUAAAGGUUUUCC